CACUCCACGUUAGUGGUAAGGAUGCGAACUUCUGAGUGCCUUCUCUCGGCUCUUUGAACUCGGCUUGGAUUUCUGUCUGCCAAACAAUUUAUUCCAUUUACCAUGAGCCGUUUAUUGUAAACUCCGCGAGCGGCAUAAAUGCGGGGAAAAGAGAAACUGAAGUUUUUACAGACAGAGUCCACGAGAACCACAUGAAAUGUAUGUGAACAGUUUCAGUCGUGUUAUGCUGAAGAUAAAUUUUGCUGCAUCGUGGUCUGUAAACACGGACGAUUGAAUGGUUUUGAGGGAAGAUGGAUGCGUUAGAGAGUUCAUCGACGGUAUAUCGCACUGAGAGCGAAGGCAGCACGACAAGCGAAGACAGAGAAGGUUCUCUACGAGCCUACUUAGAGAAGGAGUCACUAGGGCAUUUAACCGCGCUGUUUCCAGACGAUGUUUCGCUCAACUAUUUUCAAUCAUUAACAGAGGACGACUUGGAGCAUGAUUACAACGUGAAAGAUGACAAAGAAAGAGAGCUUUUAAUGCAUUCCAUAGUGAAAUUGCGAGAGGAAUUUUCAGCGUACGAGUCUGACUCGGAGCUUGAUAACAGCGCAGAGUUGAAUGCAGAAGUUUUUUCAUCACUGCCAAGAAAUUUCAGGCUUAAUCGAUCAAGACUCUCAGAUGACUUUGCAGAAACAAGAUCCAAGAGGAGAGAGAGUUUUGGUUUUCCAUCUGCACGGCUUGACGAGACAUCGAACUUGAUCCGCAUGAGGGCUAAUCCUUCAUUAGGGAGUUCAGAACCCAACCUCUCAGGCAGUUGUAGUGACAUAAGCCGGAGACCAAGCUCCUUCAAUGCUGGAUCUCGCAAAGCUGGUAGAAGUUACACCACAGCAAGCUCCAUGCCAUCCACAAACUCUGGCAGACCAUACUCGCCAUUUUCAUCAUCAUUUACUCAUGGUUCUGACAGCCCUGUUGGCAGUCCUAGCUUUCAUACGUCUUCCAGCAAUACCUCCUCAGGAGCACAUUUUGCAUUUUCAAAUAUCAGAAAAGACAUGGCUGGAAGGCGCUGGUCUGUUGCGUCAUUGACAUCAUCAUCAGGAUAUGGAACACACACUCCUUGUUCGUCAUCGUACUCUUCACUGGCUUCGUCACAAGAAAAACUUCAUCAGUUGCAGAUAGGAUUGCCGUAUAGUGAUGAGUACAACUAUGGAGCACACUUUAGUGCUGACAGCGACCAGGAAGAAGAUACUGGAGGUCGCAGAUCACCCAAACCACGACAAAGGUCACGAAGUCUGAGUCCUGGAAGAUCUCCCCUCAUCCAUGAAGAUGAACUGCAGCUGUUGAAUAAUCUGUACAGAGAGCGAUUUCCUAAGGCCAUAACACAAAUGGAAGAGAAUCUUAGUGAGCUGAUAGAAGAAUACGCAGAAGAGGGAACACUGAACCAUCAUAGCUGCGACGCAGUUUUAAACUUCGUCUGGAAUCAGGUUCUUGAAGCAGCUCGCGAUCUUCUCAAACAGUCCCAGGAUAGUGCUCUCACAAGUUUGUACUUUUAUGACCUGUCUGAUAAGCUAGAGCGGCUGCUUAUCGAGGCCCAUCAAAAGACAAACUUGGAUAUUUCCCCAGUGAAGAGACUUGUGAGGAAGUUGCUUAUGAUCAUGUCAAGACCAGCUCGGCUAUUGGAAUGUCUGGAAUUUAGCCCUGAAAAUUUCUACAACCUACUUGAAGAAGAAGGACGAGAACUGGAGAGGGUCACCGACAAGGCAGAUAUCACUAGCUACGUGAAACUCAAGUUAGGACUGGGACAAGCUGAAGAUAACCGACCAGACUCGCCAGAGGAUCCAGAACCUGAGUCACCAUUGAAAUCUGCCAGUCCUAACUCGACAGUAGGAGAAAUGCCAACAGAGGAAGACUUUGAAAUCAUCAAACUCAUAAGCAACGGUGCUUACGGUGCUGUUUACCUAGUACGACACAAACAGACUCAAAUGAGAUUUGCGAUGAAGAAGAUGAACAAGCAACUUAUGCUGCACAGAAAUCAAGUGCAACAAGUGUUCGCAGAAAGAGACAUUCUGACCUUCGCCGAGAAUCCGUUUGUGGUUGGAAUGUGGUGCAGUUUUGAGACGAAGAAACAUCUUUGUAUGGUGUUGGAAUAUGUCGAGGGAGGAGAUUGCGCAUCGCUUUUGAAAAACAGUGGACCGCUUCCCAUGGAUCUCGCCAGAGCCUACGUAGCUGAGACCUUAUUAGCCGUGGAGUAUUUGCACAGUUAUGGCGUCAUUCAUCGGGAUCUUAAACCUGACAAUCUUUUAAUAACAUCACUGGGUCAUAUAAAACUCACAGACUUUGGAUUAUCUAAAAUUGGACUUAUGAACAGCACCACACAUAUGUAUGAACACUCACUCGCUCAAGAGACAAAACAGUUCAUGGACCAGCAAGUUUUCGGUACCCCGGAUUAUCUGGCGCCUGAGGUCAUUCUCAGGCAAGGCUACGGCAAGCCUGUGGAUUGGUGGUCCUUAGGGAUCAUCCUCUACGAGUUCCUCAUUGGAGUGCCCCCCUUCUAUGGUGACACGCCCGAAGAAUUAUUCGCUGAUACUUUGAGCGGUGUCAUUGAAUGGCCAGGAGAAGACGAGGCUCCUCCGGAAGACGCGCGGGAUCUGGUAACGAAAUUACUAGAACAGGAUCCUAUAGCACGUCUGGGCACCGCAGGUUCACACGAGGUGAGGGAACACAAUUUCUUUCUGGGCUUAAAUUGGACGGCGUUGCUGAGACAGAAAGCUGAAUUUAUACCUCAACUUGAUGGCGAGGACGACACAAGCUACUUCGAUACUCGCACGGACCGCUACAAUCAUGAGUUGGAAACAGAUGACGACGAAGAAGAUGAUGAAGAAUUCAGCAGCUUUUCAAACGAGUUCAGUAACUUCUCUACGUGUUCCCCCCGGUAUUCCCGCAUUUGCGGGUCACCGGUCCCAUCCCCGGUUACUUCUCCGGGUCCUUCAUCCCCCGUAUCCCCUAACAACCCUAAGAAGGCUUCAGACGCGAAAGACUCGGGUGAAGAAGUGUCGACUCCCCGAAGCGACCUGAGCUCGGAAAGUUCCCCACCGACUGUCCGAAAGAGGAAUCUGGAACGGAACCCGCCACUUAACGUUGAGAGCCGAGACAAUGACGAAGAUUUCCAAAGGCAACAAAGUGAUAGCGGCGUUGAUAGCGAUCGUCCUCGUAGUCGAACGAAUUCGACAAAUAAUUCUUUAACCCCUGUGGAACGAGAUGUCAGCCCAUUUUCCCCACUAACCCCUCCCACCGUCCGAUUAAGGAAGAAAGCGUACUCAGAUUUGGCCCCAGUACCUAUCCCGCUGCUGUCAUUAUCGGCUGACGAGGAAAGCCCGAGCAAACCCUCCGCAGCCGGCCUCACUGUGGAGACUGAGACCGCGGACAAAUAUCGGAUGCAGCGAACCCAUUCUCUCCCGGGCGAGGGAGGCAGAAGACUUUCAUCUGUACCCAAAUUAGAGCUCUCGUUAUCCGACGAUGAAUAUCGCGCUUUAAGCCAACACAUACGAAGCCCUCCGGGUUCGCCUCUGUCCCGAACUCCCCCUCGUUCUCCGACCAGUCGCCGAAGAGCCAAGACACUGUCGCUCUGUCUUCGUCCGCCAAUCAUAAUCGAGAAAGGACCUCGUGGAUAUGGAUUCACUUUACAGGCUAUUCGUGUGUACUUCGGAGAUACGAACUACUACAAAGUCCAUCACCUUGUGUCGAAUGUGGACCAUGGCAGUGCUGCUUUUGAGUCCGGUCUUAGGCCUGGCGACUUGUUGACCCACGUGAACGAUGAGUCGGUGAUGGGGCUCAGUCAUCGCCAAGUCAUUGAGCUUAUCCUUGGUGGUGGAACGAAAGUGAAACUCAGUGCUACGGAACUCGCCAAGACAUCCAUUAAAAGAGGAGGUCGGAAAAGGGUGCUGUCGGCAAGUAAACAAGUCCGAAAGAAGCUUCCUAUCAAACGCGGAAGAAAAGGAACUGCUUCUCAAAACCUUCCUUCUCCUGGUUCCGAAACGGCAGAUAAACAUCCGAAACAAAAACCGUUCUGGAAGCGGUUUGGCCGUCGAGCAAGUCUGUCGCCAGGAAGCAGCCUUCGGAGAACAAGUUCACUGAAGCGUGUGGUGUCGUCACCAGAUUCCCCUCGACCGGCCUCACCCAAACUCACCUCGCACUCGUUUGAUUUUCGGGCGUUGUCGGAUCAGUCGUCAUCUUCUGUCGGUAGUAGUCCUGCAUCGUCACCAAGUUCGCCUUGCGCGCAUGGCCUAGGACGACCAGGAACUCUACAAGGAAUUAUUCCAAAGCUGCGAGCGGUUCGUUCUCCAAGAAGAAAAUCAUCAGCGCACGUUCCCGUGUCACCCCUAGCAAGGACACCUUCGCCAACCUCAGUCUCCCCCUCUCAUUCUCACGCUCAUGGACACCAGCCUCGUAGCACGUCCCCUUUGACCCUUCGGGGGUCCCCUGCGUCACCACAUCUGGCUACAAUUACGCCCCAGACCUCCCCGAGGCCUGGGUCGCCUUUAUUAAGACGCGCCUUAUCUCCGGAUCAUUUUCAUCUCAGCAAACACGAUAAAAAGACUGAAUUUCGCCGCAAGACAUCUCGUGAUGAGAGAUCUCUCGGGAGACAAGACAGUUUUGAGCGAAAAGGACGCCACCACCGUAGACAUGAUGCAGUAUACCAAGCUGUACGUUGUGUUGUCGAACACGAAAGUCCCCUCGAACGUCCGCGAAGUGUUAGCUUGAACGAAACAAAAAGUCCAAAUAAACUGGAACUUAAAUGCGAGCUACGAAGACAUUCCGAACAGCCACCGAAAAUAUUGUCAAAUCUUAAGCUUGAACCAAGAGGCAAUUCAGGAGAAAAGCUAGAUGAAACAGAUUUGGAUACGAGGUUUUGACGGCUGGCCGUUAAUUACCAAGAAUCGAACAAUGGUGAACUUCGAUGGAUCUCCUCGACUGGUUGGAGCAAUUUUCUGUGGUUUAUCUGUUGUAUUCCGAAAUUGCAAUGGUUUUAUUUCACUUUACUCUGUGAUUGGUUGAAAAUUGCAAUGGUUUUAUUUCACUUUACUCUGUGAUUGGUUGAAAAUUGCAAUGGUUUUAUUUCACUUUACUCUGUGAUUGGUUGAAAAAAAAAACUCGCGCCAACCUCUCAACCAUUCAGAUGCAAGACCUGAAUCAACUGCACCGUGGUCAAGUUCAAUUUUCCGCGCUUAAGUUAUUUUGGGUUCGGUUCACGACAAAAAAGUUCUCAAUACCAAAAGACAGACUGCCCUGUAGAUACUGUAAAUACCUGUAAAUAACUGAGAUAUGUACAUAGAUACAAAGACAGAUACAUUAUGUCAAUUAGUUAACUUAGAUGUUUUAUUGUGUAUGAGGUGACCAAAGUCUUGUUUCGUACACGUAACAACGUGGACAAAUUGAUAGGUACAUUGUAAAACUAUUGAGAAGCAGUCCUGCGAAAGGGGGUCAUAUACUCUUUCGUCAGAAUUUGCAUUCGUACCUUAGAUGAAAAUGUCGCGGUUUCUGCGUCAUGGGCUUUUCAAGGUUGUAACUAACAAUCCGGGAAGUUCAACCUCAUCCUCGUUUCUUUUUGGUUUCUCAAGUAAAUUAUUGACAUUUUUCUAUAUUGCUAAAUGAAUAUGUUUGUGUUUUCCUUCACAUUGAAGGUUAUUUUACGUAGCACAACAGACGACGAGCAAUUUUCAGUUGAGUGUCGAAAGUGAUUCGGGAUUGCUUUGUCUCUGGUUGACUCCGCUGUAUGAUUGGUUCAGAAUAUUCGCCCCACUCUCUUAACCAAUCAGAUUACAUACUGAAUCCUACCGCGACCACGUCACUUGUGUUUUCUCGUGCCUCAGGAAGUUUGCUUGUUUUUACUCUGUUCUUAUCGUUUCUUAGUGAUAUUUUUCUUUAUCCUGAUUGAACACAGAGUGCUUGAGUGGUUUUUUUUUUUCGACACUCAAUCGAAGAGCGCUUAAACAUUUCGACAAGUAAUUCAUUUACCUUUAGAUUACAGUGAAAACUCUCAGAGAAGAACCAGGAUUUUCAAAAUUUAAGUUUCCAUAACGAAAUAAGGUUAAGAGCUUGUUGGAUACGUCGUUGUUUGGUGGGAAAAAGAUGGUUGUUCCAGGUUACUGCGAUUCAACUUUACAUCGACUGUUUCCAGGUUCUUAUUUUUGAGUUUAGUCCAACUGGACAGUCCCGGUUUGAUGUAUAAGAGUUCAUAAGUUCUCGAAGAGUUUUGGAACAAACUCAUUAUUUUGUGUAACUAGUAUCAGGUGAAACAAGAGAGUUUAGAGGGAAUUGGCGUUUGCGAGAAAAGUAUUGUUACCGAUUGAAUAAUGUGAGAGCGUCUUUGUGAAAGUUUGAAGAUUUGUGCCUGAAGCAUGCAUGUGUGGUAUAUGGAGUAUGUGUGUUUGAGUGUGCGUGUUUACGCUUCGUUUUCACUUGUGUACGUAUAUUUUUGUCCAAUCACAUAGAUUUGUGAUAACCGUGCGAGGGAAGCUGGUUUUCUCUCGAGUGCCAUAGCAAUACAAAUUCUUUCCAACCUCUCGUCGAGUUGCGCGUCCAGUGGCAUUGGCGUGGUAGAUCGUGAUAUUAGGGGCUGGAAAAGACACUUAUUUAAUUUUCAUUGAAUGAUUCUGAAUGGUGUAAAUGAUAAUAAGUGUAAUGAGUGAUAAUUUUGAAAAAGUGGAAAUAAACGAAGUAUAACAUA